CUCCACUGUAGCCAACUAGCGUGUGGUUAUAGUCACUGAGCUGGUUACUGACUUUGGGGAGUGGAAGGUGUUGUCUGUCCUGUUCAUAUUAUAUAGAUGGAGAGAGCAGGACUAGAGAGACUCAUCAUAGAAUCAUAGAAUAUGAGCGCCCUCACACAACGUCCGGCGGAAAAGUGAAAGCCUUCCCUCUUCAGAGGACAGCAGAGCACCAGGCAAGAAGUACCCAGUUGAACCUUACCACUUUUGUUGCAGGGACUCAUGGGUAAUUUCGCUGGAAAGGAUGGCUUUGGCCCCUCAGGAUCGCACUUUGAUUUCUUCCAGACCCCUCCCUCCUCCCCCAGUGCGCCGGACCUCCCAGGGAUGUCCCGGCCGUCCCUCUCCUUCUCCGCUCCGCCGUCGCCCACGGAGACCGCAUCUGGGGUUGCCCCGGCGACAGCCUCCCUAAGCCAGGCGGAGGAUGCCCUGCUGGCUGAAGAAGCCGCUGCCGCCGCAUUGGAGCCAUCUACGGACUGGGGCAGCGCCUCUCCCCGGGCGGAGGUUGGUCCACUUCCCCUUGUCUGGCCAGAGGGGAGGAGUCCGGCAGGGGCCGCAUCCAGAAGCGUCAUCGGUGAGCCUCCGGAGAGAGUGGUCACUGGUGCCAUGGAGAUGGGUGGUGGGGUCAUGGAGGGCAUGAUGACGGAGGGUGUGGCCAUGGCACUCCUGCAGCUGCUGGAGCAGCACCGGGCAGUGCUGGGCAUCUGCACCGGGCAGGACGGCGUAGUCGAGGUCUUAGGUGUUCUAAAGAGACUGGUGCUGGAGAGGGCAGAGUUCAUAGAGGAGGUUCAGAGCCUCAAGAGGACUCUAGAGUCAGAGAGGAGUGAGUGGCUGCAGUUCCAGUCCGACCUGCAGGUGGCAGUAGCAGUGGCCGACCGGCUUCGCGUGGAGGCUGAGGAGAGCGCCAGGGAGCUGCGUUUGGGCCAGCAGGAGGCGACAGAGCGCCUGGAGGCCACACGGACGCUGCUGCGGCAGGCCGAGAGUGACCUCAAGGCUCUGAGGACCCAGCACGCCGAGACCUGCCAGCGCCUGGAGCAGGAGCAGCUCAGGGCCCAGAGCAGACAGUCACGGCUGGACAAGAGCACCCAGACCAGGGCGGCAACAGUGGAGACAGCAGAGGCCAGGCCACCAUCCAGGAUACCAGCGCAAGACUCUGGGAGCGGCCGAACGAGUGGACGGGAGAAAGCAGAAGGGGGUGAUGGAGACGGAGAUGGAGAGAGAGAUGGAGAGAGAGGCGGAAAAAAGACGAGGGAGGAGAUGGAGUCGAGGAGCGAGAGGGGGAGGCCAGGGGAGGGGUCGGCAGGUGAAGGAGAGGUGAGGGCGUGCGGGAGGGGAGUGGUGGAUUACGGCAGGAGGACUCUGCCAGGGUUCGGACUGAAGGAUCCGCGGAAGAUCGUCAUGCUGUCUGAGAGGUCCAGGAGCCUCUCCCGGCUGCCCCUUCCAUCGGAGUCGCCCCAUGGCGGUGGUGUUGGCUUCACCCAAACAGCGUCGGACGUGGUGGGACCUGCUAGCCAGAGUCAAGAGCCGGGGAGAGAUGUGGGGAGAGGAAGGAGACUGGACCUACUCCUGCAACGCCAAGACAGCUGGUCCAGUUUUUACACAAGUAAACCAGAUGAUGACCAAAGCAUUGAUGUGUCUUCAGUCAGUAAAAUAAGGCCUGACGAUAGCUUCAGUAUGCUGCUGCGUCGUCAUGGCGGAUCCAGGAGGAACUCUCUCCUACGCUGGUGUCAGAGACGAACUCAGGGCUACAAGAACAUUGACAUCACGAACUUCAGCACUAGCUGGGAAGAUGGCUUAGCCUUCUGUGCGGUCUACCACACCUACCUCCCCACGCAUAUACCUUACAGCACACUCAACCCAGAUAAUAAGAGGGAAAAUCUGGAUCUGGCAUUUAGGACUGGAGAAAGUGUGGGAGUAGCAGCUACAUUGACGGCAGAAGAGAUGUUGAGUGCGGGGGGACCAGACUGGCAGAGAGUUCUAGAAUACGUGGAGAGUAUGUUCCGUCACUUUGAGAUGUGACGUGACGAGCGUGCUCUGAAACCUCUUCACACCACGUGAACCACGUCUCUUUUCUCUCAUCUCAUUCUUUUCUUCAAGUGAAGUAAAAUUAUAUUGAUGUUUCGUUGCACUUUGGAGCAGCCUGCUGGCUCGAUAUGGGAACUGUCUACUGUUGGCCAAAGCAAGCGAGCAAGGACUCUUGUUCUGAAGCCUGAGACUUCCGUCUGGAGUAAAAGAUACUCUACUCAAUAGAACUGUAACAAAGAUGUUUCUUGAAGGCACUUUAUUUUGAUGCACUGUGAUGGUUCUGCAUUUGUAAAUAGUCAGAGGAAUUGUGGGCUCUAAGUUAUUUUCUCACUGUCCUAAUGGAUAAACAUUUCACACAUCCAACCAAAAGUAAAUAUUCCUUCUAAUGAUUAUAAAGACAGACAAUCAGUAUCCUCAACAACAACAAAAAAACAGACCCUGCCUCGUGGGCAGCUGUUUCUUUCUGUCAAUGUUUCAUACUGACACCUGAAACACCCCUGAUUUGGAGCCAUAUGACAAUACUCAUAUGCAAUGUGAACCUGCCUUAUUUUUUAUCAUUUGUGGAAAACUAUUAUUCCUAAUCAUGGCACAAGGCAUUAUAUAUCCUGCAACCAAAUUAUAGUGCUGUUUGGAAAUAGAUAAUAAAGUGAUGUGCUUAAAGGUGCAGUCAGCUGCACAAUUUCAAGCCCAUAAAAUGUUUUUGUCACAUUCAGCAAUCAUCUCCUCACGACCCAACAGCUGCCCAUUUCAGUGAGUACACUGUAAAAAACAGUCUAUAUGCAGCAUAGGCUCCAAAAAUGGCAAACAAACAAAGUGGGGGCAGCCUAUACCCCAAACAAAAACCUGCGUGGAGUUUCUCUGAAUACUGAAGGGAGGGCUGAGUUACCUCCCUGCGUUUCAUUUGGUCCUUGGUUAAAAUAGGCUAAUGUUUUGGAAAAAAGCGUCUGCUCAUAAUUUUAAAUAAUAAACACAAACAAACAGGACUUCCUGCACAAUCCCUGACUGCACCUUUAAUAAACAGACAGUGGGAGAGGGAAGAACAUUUGUGGUGGGUGGGUGGGGGUAUUUUUAUGGAGAUUCUACACUACAGCAUAGGCUACAAGUAAGCUUACAAGACUUCCUGACAAGAUGUGACAUUUUGCUUAUUUUAGAAAACAUACUCAUAAGGGUGACAUUACAACUGUAAUGGAUUAUAAGUGACUUCACUGAGCUUUGUUGUAGGCUAUGUAUUUUAUUUUCUUUGACCGAAUUAAAUGUCAAAUAAUUUUGGCUUGACCAUUUUUGCCUUGAGAUCAUUGUUACAUCAACCUUUCAGUAGGUGACAUGUAGGCCUAGGUUAGGCUAGCAUAGAGUAGGCCUAUCUGAAAUAGACAUUUACAAGCAUAGGCCUAUCA